UUGUUGCUUGACUACCACACCAGUUGUUGACUCCAUGAUCAACCGUGUGUUGUGUUUCAUGCGUACAGUAUAAUAGACUAUUGCAGUGAGAUAAAGUAAGGCCGAAAGGCGCACGAUAAAACAUAAAGAUGCCACAGGAAACGUUAAGAGCCAAGACUAAGUAUUCAAAGGAGGCUAAUGACAAAUGCAUCAUACCGAGAUGCCAACCUUUUACAGUUCAGGCUAUGAGAAAAGGAUGUGAGACUGAUGUCGGCAUGCCUCCGAUGGCAGGUGCCUUUAGAGCAAGAAAUAAGUCAACCGCCACAUCAUUUCAUAAGUUCUACGAGAGGGGAGAUUUCCCAAUAGCCUUAGAACAUGACACAAAAGGCAAUAAGAUUGCAUGGAAGGUUGAGAUUGAGAAACUUGACUAUCACCAUUAUCUUCCACUGUUUUUCGAUGGAUUAUGUGAAACUGAUCAUCCUCACGAGUUCUUUUCAAGACAAGGAGUUCACGACAUGUUAGAGCAUGGAGGGUCAAAAAUACUGCCUGUUAUUCCUCAACUUAUCAUUCCUCUCAAAAAUGCCUUGAACACAAGAAAAAAACCUGUAGUGUGCACCACGCUGAAAGUGCUGCAGCACUUGGUGGUGUCAGCAGACAUGGUCGGGGAAGCACUGGUGCCUUACUACAGACAGAUCCUCCCAAUCCUCAAUAUAUUUAAAAACAGCAAUGUGAAUUCUGGUGACGGUAUUGACUACAGCCAGCAGAAGAGGGAAAAUGUUGGAGAUCUCAUCCAAGAAACACUGGAGAGCUUUGAGAGGCACGGUGGAGAGGAUGCAUUUAUUAAUAUCAAAUACAUGGUUCCAACAUAUGAAUCCUGUAUGCUAAAUUGAUAAGUUUCAUAUUGUACAAGUGUGAAAUAAGUAACUUUUACAUUUGGAAGACGUUUGAUCAAACUGGAACUAUUGGAGAGUUUGUUAGCUUUACAGAGUUACCGGCUUACUAAGAUUUACAUGGAUAUACCAUAAUACCAUCAUAUUGAAAACUUAACAGAAAAACUAAGUACAAGACAACUCUCUUGCAUAGUUUUUUUUUUUUCAGGUCUUUCUCCAGUCAACUAAUUAUUAGGAAAUGUGUGUGUAUCAUUGAAACACCCAAGUGUAUAUUGCAGCCAUUAGUUGUUUGCCACUGAAGUUUGUGUAAAAUCUGAGAUGGCUGUUUUAUAAUCAGUACUAAGUUUCACCCUCACCCUAUGAUGUUUUUUCUCGUGUCAGAUACAUGAACAGUGAAUGUCCUCUUUGUUUUUAAUUCAGGUUUGUAAAGUUGUACCGACUACACCAUUACUCAGAUUUUAAAUUGGUAAUAUGAAACUGCAGUCCUGUUUUAUCUUUUAUGUAAAAAUUUCAAGUUGACAAGUAUUUUGUCAAAAGAUGCUCACAAAUUGGCAUCCAUACAUUUUGACAAGUACCAAGUUUGUGCAUGGAAAUAUUUGAUAAAAAGUGAUUUGUCAAAUUACUUUUAUAAUCAUUUUGUGCUUCAUUGGUUUGAAACACAUCAGUACACGUUGUGUAUCAGUUCAUCUAUGUAUAUAUAAAGCUUCAUCCUCUCUAUCAGCUGGAUAAGUCGUGUAUUUCUGCUAUGUGAAUUUAAAACUAAACAUUCUGCUCUAUAUCCUUAUAGAUUAAGAAACAAGACUGUCAAGGCUACAGCUGUGUAAAUGACUCCAUUUGUUACAUUCUUGUGUUGACUGUGUUAUAAAGAACACACAGCCAUAUUUAGUAUAGGACCUGUACCUGAGAACACGAUAAUAUGAAGUCACAUGUUUUUGAUUUGUAUAGAUAAGCUUGCUGGUGAUAUAAUUGAUCCUAUAUUAAAUAAUUAUCAAUA